AUGAAGAUUGCGAUUGUGGUGUUAAAGCUGACAACAAUCUCUUCCACCACCGCAGCCGACGACAAGCUCUCCUCCUCCUCCUCUCUCCUAGCCUUCCUAUCCUCAACCGCAGAGAAAAACAACCUCGUGCGCGACUCCCAGCAUCUCAUCUCCUUCAAAAACUCCCUCUCCGACCCCUACCAGCUCCCAUCAUGGCAACCCACCAUAUACCCCUGCAACUUCCAUGAUGUCUCCUGCAACUCCUCCCGCGUCUCCUCCAUUGAGCUCUCCAACUUCCACCUCGACACCGACUUCUCCACCGUCGCCACCUUCCUCCUCUCCCUCCAAACCCUCAAAACUCCAACAUCUCCAGCUCAAUCUCCACCGCCGCUAGACUUCCCUGCCGCUCUCACCUCACUAGAUUUGUCCCAAAACUCCCUCUCCGGCCCAAUCUCCGACCUCCCCGCCCUCGCCGCAAACUCCAUCGACCUACUCCCCCACUCCCCACCACCCGCCGCCGCAAUCCCCUCCCUGAAAACCCUCGAUCUCUCCCACAACAACAUCUCCGAUGAUACCUCCGCCAUAUGGCUCCUCUCUAUCUAA